UUGAAACAUACAAGUAACAAACGCAAACGCUCUGUAAACAUUUUAAAUAAAUUUAUUUAAAUUCUAUAGAAUUUUUGUUUAAUUCCAAAUAAAACAUGAGUGAUACAGCUGGAAUCUAUGAAAAUGUUUAUUAUAAAAAAGUUAAAUCCAAUGAAAAAGAACCAUCAAAGGAUUUACUGAAACAGACCCAGGUGCAAGUGGAUGAAUUGGUUGAAAUCCUGCACGAUAAUGUUGGCAAGGCGUUGGAUCGUGAAAAUAAGCUGUCAGAUUUAAAUGAAAUUUCGGAGAAUCUUGAAAAGAGUGCUAGUGAAUUUAAAACUCAGGCGGUUGUGGUCAAACGUAAAGAGUGGAGGAAGCAUAUGAAAACAAAAUUAGUUUUUGCCGGUCUUGGUGCGAUUUUAUUACUAAUUAUAAUACUUUUAUUAGUACAAACAUUUAUGAAAUAAGUUGGAUAAUUAAAUGCAUUGCAAUGGAAUGGAAUUUAUAAGUUAUUUUUUUAAUUAAUAGGAUGAAAAAAUAUGUAAAUUAAAGGUUAGGCUAUAUGAGUUCACAAACCACACCGAAAAACUAUUUUAAAAUUUUUGUAUGAAAAUGAUUUCAAAUGAUUGUUUUCCGGUCUUGUUUAUGAAUCAAGGCCCUUAGUUAGACCUGGUGCCAAAUUAUCGCAUUCGUGAUUAUAUUAUCAUAAUCAUAAUAAAAUCGAAUCGAAUGCCAUAAACUCAAAUAAAAAAUUACGAUAAAUUUUACUCGAUAUCAAAUUUGGUAAUUCGGCACUGAAGUCUUUGCUAAAUAGUAAUUGUGGAUCUAAAUUUUGAUAUAUAUUUGUAUGUAUCAACUUGUAUUUGUUUGGUUCUUCAUUCCUCUAGAUUAAAAAAUAUUUUUAAUAGUUAGUAACUAAAUAACAUAUCUUUAAUUAAACUAAACUAAUAAAUUAAUAUAAUAAAUAAAAUAAACUUUACAACACCAA